UCUAAUUUAUUUCUAUGGCUAGCUGGUGUGCUGCUUUGUUUUUGUUCAGCAUUGCCACACCAUACACCAAAUAUUUCACUUUAUUUUCGUUAUUUCAACUGGCUAACCCAAUGGUGUUAUAAAUAAUACUCGUAUUUCAUAGCUCUCGUGAAUCUAGUAGAAAGAGAGAGAGGAACAUGGCUGAUUACUGGAAAUCUCAGGAAAGAAAAUACUGCGACUUUUGCAAAUGUUGGAUAGCUGAUAACAAGCCUAGCGUUGACUUCCACGAGAAAGGCCGUAGACAUCAAGAAAACGUGAAAAAACGCCUAAAGAGCAUAACAAAAUCAAGUGCAAAGUCUCAGAAAGAUUCCGAAAAUGUUGACGCUGCCAUCAGGCAUAUGGAGGCUGCCGCAAUGGCAGCCUAUAGACGAGAUGUCGAAAACAACUCUAGUGCUGAUUUGACAUCCAUAGCUAUCGCGAAAAAACUAGAAGAUGAAAAUUUAGCUAUCAGCGGAUCUGGCAAAAAAAUAUGGCAAGAACUCAAAUCCAAAGAGGGAAACAUUUAUUAUUGGAACACUUUGACAAAUGAGACUGUCUGGGAACCACCAGUUGAGGGUUAUUUGACUAUAAAAGAACAAAGAGAAGAGCUAGAUAAAGAAACAGCUAAACAACUGAAGGAAGUGGAUAAACAAAGAAAAAUUGAGGCCUUGCAAAGGGUGCAAGAACAAAAAGCAGAUGAUAAAGAAGAGAAAGCAAGGUUAGCUCGAGAGAAAAUGAAGGAACGAAGAGUUGCCGAUGAUAUUCCUGAACCAGUAUAUGGUCCAAUCAUCGACCCUGGAAAAAAUGAUCCCUACGGGAAAUGGGAAACAAUCAAAGAAAGUAAAAAUCUGGAUCUACAGCUUCCCGCGAGACACGACCAAUUCGAAUGCCCUGUAGUGUAUGAGCCAGAACCAAUAGCGAAAGAGUUUAAAGAAAAGACCGUAGAGAGUCUCGAAACGUUUGGAGAGUGCAGUAAAUUCAAGAAAAGGAAAGUGGUUGCAGGUGCCAAAAGAAAUACGAGGCAAAGAAUGGAUGAUGAUUGAUGUUAAUAUUCUAGUUAUAUGAGUAUUAUUGUAUUGUAUGGUUCGAAAAUGUGAUUUGUGCAUUAACUAUACAUAUUAAAAAAUGACUUGAUCUUGGAUGUGGAAUAAGCAUUCCUUUAUUUUAU